AUGUCGUUACCGAAACCCCCCUCGGCUUCGUCUUUGGACAACUCCUGCUCUGUCAUUCACGACAACAUACUUUAUUCCUACUCACCCAAUGGAUUUCUCAAGCUGCCCUUGGAGGAUAGUGCGGAAUGGACACAGCUUGAUAUGGGAGUCAAGGUGACGGAUGGAACCUGCGUUGGAACCACGCCUCCUAAUGCUGCUGACGCUGCGCUUUUCAUUGUUGGAGGAACGUCGGAUGCGGCUGAUUACACUGGACUCCAAAAGUAUACCUUCUCGACUGGCAACUGGACUACUAUCACGCCCUCGGUUCCCGUUACGCAGAAUCGCUUGCACCACGGAUCCACGUAUAUCCCAGCCGACGACGUGAUUUUGGUAUACGCCGGCAGUCAGGAUGGAAGCACCGGUCCUUCUUCGCAGACAUUCACCAUCCAGGCUUCUGAACCAUAUGCGGCUCUUUCGUUUCAGUCUUCCGCCGUACCGGCCGUUUCUCCUCUCGUCAUGCAGUGGUCCGCUGCUGAUGCUGCCAUGAUGAGCGGCGACGGAGUGGAUGGCAAGAUUUACUGGUUCAACCCGACUGCUGGAUGGAGAUAUUCUGGUGCGGGCGUACAGCCGCCUAUCAACACGGCCUCAGGCUCGGUGAAUGCGGCCCUGGUUUCGGGAGAUGAUGGAUCCAAGAACCUCUUCACGUUCGACUUGUCCACGUCACCCAACUCCGUCACCCGUACCAUUGUGCAGGAUGCCGCUGGCAACCCUCUCGCAGACUCGGCCCCCAUUGCCGCACGAAGCCUCGAUGACGGCGAUGCCGAAAGCUUCGAGAAGCGUGCCCCGACCUUGACCAACUGGCCCGCCUACAACUCAACCCUGGCUCCCAAGGACACCCGAACAAACUAUGCCAUGGCCCAGGCCCCCGACGGCACCGUGGUCUUUUCUGGUGGCAAUGAUCAAGUCCCUCUGGCCAUCUUCAACCCCAGCGACAACGGCUGGGUUGACGCGCAGAAGGUAUUGGGCGAUGGCGAAUCAUCAAUCCAGGAUACGACUUCCAGCGCGCGAACCAAGUCGACUACGCACUCUACCUCUACUACGCACUCUGCCUCUACCACGCAUUCCGUCUCGACAACCCUUCCCUUCUCCACCAGCGCUACCGCCACGGGGACGGCAGGCUUCGUCCCUACAGACUUGUCUGUUCCCGCCAUCCCGACUGGUACUGGCAGCGCGAGCGACGACUCCGGCCCUAGCUCCAACGCCAUCCUCGGCAUCACUCUUGGCGCCAUUGGUGGAUUCCUCGCCUUGCUUGGCCUUAUCCUCUUGCUCCUUCGCUGCCGCAGACGACAACUGCUUCACCCGGAGGCGGGAAAACCCAAGACCCCCCCUGUUGAUGAGAAGAAUACCGCUGCCUUUGCUGCCCAGAGCGCAAUGGCGAAGAACACGCUUCCUCCCCACGUGCAAAAGCAGCUCCGAGGCCACCAGCACACGGCAUCUUCGGAAUCAACCUCGUCAAUGGCUAUUCUCAUGGGCAGGGUAGGCCAGCACAAGCCCAAGCAGCUCAGCAACGACUCCAUCAAGAGCAUGACGGCGCACAACCAGUUCAAGAGCACCAUCGGCAAGCCAGUCCUCCAGCCACAGCAAGCCCCGAUUCUCCAGAUCCAGGAUGAAAAGGGCGACACAUUGGCCACUUCUGCCGGGCUCCGACCUCAAGAGGGUCUCGCAGGAGCAGACGAUGAAACGCGACGAAGCUCGGGCUGGAACAAGUACUGGUCAGGGGGAAGCGCGCUGCAGAUUCUCGGAUAUGGGGCUGCCCAGCCAUCUGGACAGGCAACCGAACAGCCUUCCGCACCGGCGCCCGCUGCGCAGAGGAGCACCAUGGCAUCGGAUCGAAGCUCUCACUACUCUCAGGCGACAAACGUCCGUAACGUCAGGGCAACGCAAGACUCGGCUACCGUCCCGCCCCUCAACUUUGAGGCUCCUCCGGGGAUGAGCAGAGUCAACACUGGGAGCCCAGUGGUGUCACACUAUCCCGAGAUUCCUUGGAGGGAAGGCAUGUCUGGCAAGAUUGAGCGACCUACCUCGACCGUCUCAGCGCUGUCAGCAUCGUCCGGUUACUCCAGCGGGAUUCCCGAGAGCGUCCAAGAGUCGUGGGAUCCCACACAUGCCGGCAAGGCGUGGGGAGUCGAUCGCGCCCCCAGCAGCGCAUACGCUCCCAGCGAAAUCAACGUUCAGCCCCAUCCGCUGGGCGUGAGCAAGCAGCCUCAGCUCACCACGGCGUCAACAUCGAAUGACAUGAGCUGGCUCAACCUUGGUGAUAAUUCACGGGUAUGA